AUGUUAUUAUUAUCUAAUUUUAUUGGCGGGAAAUUUGCUUCUCUUAAAGAAGAAACUUACAUUGACAGUUAUAAUCCCUCGACAGGAAAAGUUUAUGCAAGAAUUCCAAAUUCUACAGAGUACGAAAUUAAUUUAGCGGUUGAAGCAGCUCAAAAAGCGUUUCAAACAUGGUCGAAAACUUCCCGCUCAACAAGAGCUCAAAUCAUGUAUAAAAUUGCUGACAUACUUGAAUCAAAAUUGAAUGAAUUCGCAGUAGCAGAAUCAAUAGACCAAGGAAAAACUUUGGAAUUCGCAAAGAAUGUUGACAUUCCAAGGUCUAUUUAUAACUUUAGAUAUUUUGCCGGUCAUAUCCUACAUACUGAAGAAAAAUCUACUGUUACGGAUAAUAUAGCUUUGAAUUAUAUUCAAAGAUAUCCUUUAGGCGUCGCUGGACUAAUCUCUCCAUGGAAUUUACCCUUGUAUCUGUUAACCUGGAAAAUUGCUCCAUGUAUCGCAGCUGGUUGCACCUGUGUAGCAAAACCCAGCGAAUUUACCAGUGUGACCGCGUACAUGCUUUGUGACGUUUUCAAACAAGCUGGUUUGCCUGAAGGUGUGGUUAACAUAGUAUUUGGCACAGGGUCAAAAUCCGGACAAGCACUUGUGUCUCAUCCUAAAGUACCUUUGAUUUCCUUUACUGGUGGCACCGUAACUGGGAAAAAGAUUAAUGAAACUUGUGCGCCAUUAUUCAAGAAAGUUUCUUUGGAACUAGGUGGAAAGAAUGCUAAUAUUAUAUUUGAAGAUUGUGAUUUUGAAAAAACCGUUGAUACAAGCAUAAGAGCCGCGUUUUCUAAUCAAGGAGAGAUCUGUUUAUGUGGGUCACGAAUAUUUGUACAAAAAUCAAUCUAUCCGAAAUUCCUUGACGCGUUUAUUUCACAAGCACGCCAAUUAGUGGUUGGAGAUCCAAAAGAUCCUAAAACUAAAGUUGGCGCAUUGAUUAGCAAGCAGCACAUGGAAAAGGUUCUUAAAUAUAUUGAAUUGGCAAAAGAAUAUGGUGGCAUUAUCGAAUGUGGUGGAAUAAGAAAAAAACUUGAUGGAGAAUUCAGUGAUGGAUACUUUGUUGAACCAACUGUAAUCACAAAUAUUAAAUCGUCUUGUCGUGUUGCACAGGAAGAAAUCUUUGGACCGGAGGCCAUUAACUUGGCUAAUGACAAUCAAUAUGGUUUAAGUUGUUCUAUCUGGAGUGAAAAUGGAAGGCGUGCUCGUCGAGUUGCAGAAUCUAUUCAAGUUGGAUAUGUGUGGGUUAAUUGUUGGAUGGUUAGAGACUUGAGAGUACCUUUUGGUGGAGUAAAGAAGAGUGGUAUUGGAAGAGAAGGUGGAGAAUAUAGCAUGAAUUUUUUCACAGAACAGAAAACUAUUUGUUUAGCUAACUAA